CGCUGAUCAUUGCCAUCGCUCAUUCUCCCUUCAUCAGUGCUAACGACUUGGAAGACAUCAGACUCCCGUUUUGUGGAUACAACGAAGAUAACAAACCCGGAGAUUAUACACAAGUCGAGUUCGAGAGUCAAGCAGCAUUCUGAACGAUGCCAAUCACAAACCUUCCUCUAGAGAUCAUUCAUAUGAUCUUAAACUUUGUGGUACAUCCCGGUGACGACCUCGAAACAGGACAUCUUACAUGGGAAACUAGACGAGCGCUGCGGGCAUGUUCUCUCAUCUCAUACCUCUGGCUUGCGGAUUCGAGGAAGCGAUUAUUCAGAACGAUUCCGGUUCCUUCCACAGAUACCUCGUUGCACGCUUUCAAACGUCUCUUCUCUUCACUCAACCUCACCUUUGGACCUGCCGAUUUACAAGUGUUGGAUGUGACGGGACAGGCACCCGCGGGCUGGGGCUGGCAAUGGUGGAGAACCCAUCAGAGGAAGGUAAAAAGCGAAAGAGACCGAACGGACGAAAGUUACUGGGAAAAUAUACGCACUUUUGACCGGUUUUUCGACUGGUUAUCCCAUGAUUGGUCUGCAGCAAAGGUUCUCGGCGGGCUGGUAGAAAUGCGUCUUUUCGAAGUGGCAUUUGAAACCCCGAGCUUUCGCUUUCGCAAUUCGGGAUGGGUGUUCUUAACUUCUCAGACCCAGCAUUCCCUACACCAAUCGUUUCCCUCGUUGACGAAACUUGUCUUGCAGAGGGUUAGAUUUUCCAACAGCGUUAUGUUCACAAGUUUCCUUGGUUCGUUCACCAAGACCUUGCAGAUGCUGGAAAUGGAGUGCGUUGAGGUCGAGCACUGUAAUCAUUUCCGUUCGUCUGACGGCAAGUCCACGGAGCCGUUGCUUCCAAACCUUCAUACCCUCAGGACGACAGGCACGGCCGUUGAGUGGACGGCCUACCUCUCCCCUCUACCAAAUUUACGCACGGCCUCAUUUGACAUUGGAGAUGAAGAUCUCCGCAGAGAACAAAUUUCCACCAUUCUCGCCGAUGCUCUCGCGUCUUCUGAGCGUCUACAGAACCUCUCUCUUCUGAACUCCUGUAGCGGUUCCUUCAGAAAUGCCGAACCUGUGGAUAAUGGUAAUCACCUCUCAUACUCUCUUCAUCAACUAAAAAUCUCCUUAGGUCCCUUCUUGACCAGGAUCAUCGCGAAAGCACCUUCCAUCGAGCAUCUGAUAGUUGACAUCCGCGCUUUGGACGCGAACGCCCAUCUCGUCCCCAUGUUCACACAGAAACACCCUAACCCUUGGUUGAGAUCACUUCAUAUACCGGAGUUACCCAAAUACCGAGGGGACUAUGGUUUGUUGGACGAUAUCCUCCGGCAUACGUUCCCACAAUUGCAGGUCUUGCAGUUUAACCUUAGAGUCCCGAAUACCUCUGCGAUGAUGGCGAAACGACGAUCCACUGCCACCCCCUCUCCGCUAACGUUUCACAUUCCGAUGAUUCCAACGAUCGGAAUGCAUGUAUCUAAUGAUGGUGGGGACGAUGACGAAGAAAGGGAUGAAGUGGAUUCUACGCUGGGAAUAGGGGCGUCGGAUGUUGCGUAUGGUGAAGAACUUGUCACUGAAGCUCAGCUUUUCCCAAUAAUGGAUCGAGUGUCUCGACUGGCGAAAGUGGAAGCUACUCUGGAGAGGCUGAGAAAAGAGGAAGAAGAGUUUGCGGUGAAGACGAGAGAGCAACGAGCUCGUCAUGUGUUUGAGAAGUUUGCGAGGCAGAUGCCUUGGUGUUAUGAGGAGCGGGGGUGUUUGCGACCUGCGUAUUUUUAUGAUAAGUAAACUAUAUAAGUUUGGUGUAAAGAUAAUUUUUUUAGCGUUGUAUGUUAUGUGUACCUACUUUGGCUUCGAGAUAUAUUAACUUUUCUUGUAUUGUUCAA